AUGAGCGAUACCCCGCAGUUGGCAGCCGAUGCUGUUCUCAAAAAGUCUGAGGCGUUCGAUGGAGCUGUUGUUGAUGGAAUUGACUUUGAUGCCGACACUGCUAAAAAUGCCUCGGCCCGGACGCUUAUUGAUGGCAUGCGCACCAUGGGCUUCCAGGCGUCGGGAAUUGCCCGGGGCGCUGAAAUUAUCGACAAAAUGCGCACGUGGGAAGGUAAAGACGACGACGGAAACCGGGUGCGGACCACGAUUUUCCUCGGCUACACCUCGAACCUUAUCUCAAGUGGCAUGCGAUCGACCAUCCGGUACCUUGUAAAGCACAAACUGGUUUCUGCUAUUGUGACAACGGGCGGAGGUAUCGAGGAGGAUCUCAUCAAGUGUAUGGCUCCUACCUAUAUGGGCGAGUUCAGUCUCAAGGGAUCCAGCUUGCGUGACAAGGGACUGAACCGGAUCGGUAACUUGAUUGUGCCUAACGAUAACUACUGCCAGUUCGAGGAGUGGGUUAUGCCUAUUCUGCAAACAAUGUGUGAGGAACAAAACACGCAGGGCAUCAACUGGACCCCGUCCAAGGUGAUCGAUCGCCUGGGCAAAGAGAUCAACAAUGAAGAGUCGGUGUUGUACUGGGCUCACAAGAACCAGAUCCCGGUCUUCUGCCCUGCCCUGACCGAUGGCUCGCUUGGCGAUAUGUUGUUUUUCCAUACCUUCAAGGAGGAGCAGCAUAUGCGCGUCGAUCUUGUCGAGGACAUUCGUCGCAUCAACACCAUGGCGAUGAAUGCCGCGAGAGCCGGUAUGAUCAUUCUCGGUGGUGGCAUUGUAAAGCAUCACAUUGCCAAUGCUUGUUUGAUGCGCAAUGGUGCCGACUAUGCCGUCUAUAUCAACACUGCCCAAGAGUUUGAUGGCUCCGAUGCCGGUGCCCGACCCGACGAGGCCAUUUCGUGGGGUAAGAUCAAGGCCGAUGCCGAGCACGUCAAAAUCUACUGCGAAGUUACAGCCGUUUUCCCGCUGAUUGUCGCUGCGACUUUCGCCUCUGGCGACGCUGGGCCCAAAAACGCGGCCGAAAACGACGAGAACUAG